AUGAUUAUCUUUGUUUCAGAAGAACCUGAAAGAAGGCUAGCCAUUGUGUCCAACUCGUAUGCCCUUGUUCUUAAACCAGUUGGGAAGAAACCAUCUGAUAAACCUUUAUGUGCUAUUGAACUUCUUCAAAAAAGCGACUUGAAAAAGUAUGGUUUUAAAAGACUUACAUCACAUGAGAUUUUUGGUGUUAUCGGUCUCAUUGAGGUUAAUGGCCUACUGUUUGUCGGUGCCAUUACCGGAAAAUCUAAAGUUGCACAACCAUGUCCAGGAGAGACUGUGAACAAGAUUUUUGCUGUCGAUUUUUUUUGUCUAAACGACAAUAGUUGGGAUUUCAUUGAGAUCGACUCUUCAGGUUAUCCUGUGUUGCCUGAGACUGCUUCAACCGAAUAUCAAGAGGCCUUGCCAAAACAUCCAUGCUAUGAAUUGAAAAAACUGUUAUCCAAUGGAUCCUUCUACUACAGCUCAGAUUUCGAUCUAACGUCAACCUUACAGCAUCGUGGAUAUGGUCAACAUUCUUUGAGUACAGACACCUACGAAGAAGAAUAUAUGUGGAACUCUUUCCUCAUGCAAGAGAUGAUAACUUACAGAGAUCAUUUGGACACAAAUUUGAAACAAAUCCUGGAUGACGAGGGGUUUUUGACCACAGUCAUUCGUGGAUUUGCAGAAACAUUCGUCUCGUACGUUAAGAAAUUGAAAGUUGCCCUUACAAUCAUUUCUAAGCAGAGCUGGAAAAGGGCAGGAACAAGAUUUAAUGCACGUGGUGUCGAUGAUGAGGCGAACGUUGCCAAUUUUGUGGAAACAGAGUUCAUUAUGUACUCUAGCCAAUAUUGUUAUGCUUUUACACAAAUAAGAGGCAGUAUACCUGUGUUCUGGGAACAAGGUACCUCUCUAAUUAACCCAAGAGUACAAAUUACAAGAUCAUUUGAAGCCACUCAACCAGUAUUUGACAAGCAUAUCAUGAAGUCAGUGGAAAAGUAUGGGCCUGUUCAUGUCGUUAAUUUGUUGUCAACAAAAUCUUCUGAAAUUGAACUUUCAAAACGGUACAAAGAGCAUUUAACCCAUUCAAAGAAAUUGAAUUUCAACAAAGAUGUAUUUUUGACGGAAUUCGAUUUCCACAAGGAAACUUCACAAGAGGGCUUUUCCGGCGUCAGAAAACUGAUUCCAUUGAUAGUGGACUCUCUCCUAUCUUCUGGCUAUUAUUCUUAUGACGUUAGGGAAAAAAAGAACAUAUCUGAGCAACAUGGCAUAUUUAGAACCAACUGCCUAGAUUGUUUAGAUAGAACAAAUUUAGCACAGCAAAUUAUUUCCUUAGCUGCUUUCAGAACUUUUCUCGAAGAUUUCCGAUUGAUAAGUUCAAAUUCUUUUAUCGACGAUGAUGAUUUUGUUUCUAAACACAACACCCUCUGGGCUGAUCAUGGUGACCAAAUAUCCCAAAUAUACACUGGUACCAAUGCCUUAAAAUCCUCAUUUUCAAGGAAAGGUAAAAUGUCACUCGCUGGGGCAUUAUCCGAUGCUACAAAGUCGGUUAGCAGAAUAUAUAUUAACAAUUUUAUGGAUAAAGAAAAGCAACAAAAUAUCGAUACUUUGUUGGGAAGAUUACCAUACCAGAAAGCAGUACAACUGUAUGAUCCUGUAAACGAAUACGUCAGUACGAAAUUACAAAGCAUGUCUGAUAAUUUCACAUCCACCUCCAACAUAAACUUGCUAAUAGGAUCAUUCAAUGUUAACGGGGCAACCAAGAAGGUCGAUUUAUCGAAGUGGUUAUUUCCGAUUGGUGAAAAAUUCAAACCAGAUAUUGUUGUCUUAGGUCUUCAAGAGGUUAUAGAAUUAUCUGCGGGUUCGAUUUUGAACGCUGAUUACUCGAAAAGCUCAUUCUGGGAAAAUUUAGUGGGUGAUUGCUUAAACCAGUACGAUGAUAAAUACCUGUUGUUAAGAGUGGAACAAAUGACUUCUUUACUGAUCUUGUUCUUUGUUAAAGCAGAUAAAGCUAAAUAUGUCAAGCAGGUGGAGGGUGCCACCAAGAAGACUGGUUUUAGGGGUAUGGCUGGGAAUAAAGGUGCUGUGUCUAUAAGGUUCGAGUACGGUGCCACUUCAUUUUGUUUUAUCAAUUCUCACCUUGCAGCGGGUGCCACAAAUGUCGAGGAACGUCGUAGUGAUUACGAGAGCAUAGUGAGGGGCAUUACCUUCACGAGAACUAAGAUGAUUCCUCAUCAUGAUUCUAUUUUCUGGUUGGGUGACAUGAAUUAUAGAAUAAAUCUACCGAACGAAGACGUUAGAAGAGAGUUAUACAACCAAGAAGAGGGAUAUAUUGAAAAACUGUUGCACUUCGAUCAACUUACUCUAGGUAUAAAUUCUGGCAGUGUAUUCGAAGGCUUCAAGGAACCAACCCUCAAGUUCCGCCCAACAUAUAAGUAUGAUCCUGGAACAGGGACCUAUGAUUCUUCUGAGAAGGAGAGAACACCUUCGUGGACAGAUAGAAUUAUUUAUAAAGGGGAUAACUUACUCCCUUUAUCCUAUUCAGAUGCUCCGAUGAUGAUCAGCGACCAUCGGCCAGUUUACGCUGCAUAUAGAGCAAAAAUAACUUUUGUUGAUGAUAAGGAGAGACUAUCCCUCAAGAAACGUUUAUUCACAGAAUACAAACAAGAGCAUCCAGAAGAGCCGGGUUCUCUAAUAUCGGAUCUUCUCAACCUUGAUCUUGAUGAUAAGAGUAUUUCGGACGGGUUUAAAAGUUCUUCUGAAAGCUCUCUACUAGACAUUGAUCCGAUGUUGGCACAACCGACAGCGUCCAGCAUUGCUUCUUCAUCACCUGUUUCUUCAGCAUCGGCUUCUCUACAACCUGUGAGAACUCAAAACAACAUCCAGUCCCGCACUCCCGUCAAGAAACCAAUAUUGCGCCCUCCACCUCCACCUGCUCAUAAAUCUGUAUCAGCACCUGCUCCUUCAACAUCAGAGGAAAAGUCAUUAACCCCAAAAACCUCAACCACAUCACUGUCAUCUGUGGCAAACAAUAUACAAGAAAGUAAACCAUUAGCGCAAAAUAGGCGAAUUCCGCCACCAGGCUUUAGCCGAAAUAUUUUAACUCCAAAAAGCACUAGUAAUUUGGCCUCUCCUUCGUCUUCUAAGGUUGAUUUAGAUAAUGGUGUGGCUGAAUCUACACAUUCAACCCAAGGUGCAAGACAACAGACACCUACGUCAUCUUUUACAGUACCAAGAGAUGUUAAUGGGCAGUCCGAGACCUUACUAUGUAAUGAAAACUCCAUUGAGCCAGAGGAAAAAGCCAAACUUAACCAUAUGACUUUAGAUUCAUGGCAGCCACUGACCCCAAAAUGA